GGGGUGGUUCUUUUUUUUCUUCUUUUUUAAAAAAAAACCCUUUUACAAUCACAUGUGCACCUUGCCACGCUACUACUAUGACUCCCCUAUGUAUUACUACUUAUUACUUCAUUCCCCCCCUCUCUCCUUCUUUAUUGUGACUCUUCAAAUCUUAUAAUCAAGAUGCCGAUGCUCAAAGAUCCUUCCACGAAAUAUCGUCCCUUUCCACCUCUCUCUCUACCAAAUCGCCAAUGGCCUUCGAAAACCAUCGAAAAGCCUCCAAGAUGGCUGUCCACUGAUUUGCGCGACGGAAACCAAUCUCUAGUAGACCCAAUGAACAGUGACCAAAAAUGGACUUACUUUCAAAUGCUCGUAGAAUUGGGUUACAAAGAAAUCGAAGUAUCUUUCCCGUCUGCGAGUGACACCGAUUUCGACUUUGUACGACGACUUAUUACCACGCCUAAGGCAGUCCCUGACGAUGUUUGGAUACAAGUGCUUUCGCCAUGCCGCCCUGAACUUAUUCGUCGUACAGUUGAGUCCCUAAAGGGUGCCAAGAAGGCGAUUCUCCAUCUCUACCUUGCUACAUCGCCAUGCUUCCAGCAGAUCGUCUUCAAUAUGACCAAUGAGCAAACGAAGGCAUUGGCAGUUGAAUGCACGGUGCUUGCGCGCAGCUUGACCAAGGACGACCCGAGCUUCGCUGAUACGGAGUGGGCCUUUGAGUUCUCGCCCGAGACCUUCACAGAUUCCAACAUGGACUUUGCUCUAGAGGUCUGUGAGGCCGUUAAGGCCGCCUGGGAGCCCAGUGUUCAUAAUCCCAUCAUAUUCAACCUUCCCGCGACAGUCGAGCUAGCAACGCCUAAUGUCUACGCCGACCAGAUCGAGUACUUUUGCACCAAUAUCUCGGAACGAGAGAAGAUUUGUGUAUCUCUCCAUCCUCACAAUGAUCGGGGGUGUGCUGUAGCAGCUGCAGAGUUGGCCCAAAUGGCAGGGGCCGACCGAGUAGAAGGUACUCUAUUUGGUAACGGAGAAAGAACUGGCAAUGUCGACCUUGUCACUCUGGCGCUCAAUCUAUAUACACAAGGAAUUCAUCCAGGGAUCAACUUCUCGGACAUCACGAAGGUUAUCGAUCUCGUAGAGAAAAGCAACAAGAUACCAAUACAUCCCCGGGCCCCCUAUGGUGGCCAACUUGUUGUUUGCGCCUUUAGCGGAUCACACCAAGACGCGAUCAAGAAAGGAUUCAGUGCUCGCGAAGCAUCUCAAGCAAAACACGAAGAUUUCUGGCGGGUUCCAUACCUCCCACUCGACCCGGCCGAUAUUGGGCGUACUUAUGAAGCAAUCAUACGUGUGAACUCUCAGUCUGGAAAAGGUGGUGCAGCAUGGAUCAUCUUACGCUCUCUUCAUCUCGACCUUCCACGUGGCUUACAAGUAGCCUUCUCGAAAAUAGUCCAAAAGGAAGCUGAUCAGGUUUCACGCGAGCUGAAACCGACGGAGAUUGUCGAUCUCUUCAAAGAGACUUAUCUACGGCCGAAUCCGCGAUUCGAGCUUGUCGAUUACGAUAUUUCAGCUGAUCGAUCCUCAUCACCAGAACGCCCGAAUGGCCAGGUUCAGUCAUCGAGGGACCUGAAGCGUAUGUUCAAGGGCGUUAUUGCCAUUGAUGGCCAAGAGUAUCAUAUGAAAGGUUCCGGAAAUGGUCCCAUCUCAUCUCUAGCGAAUGCCCUAAACAUAUCUCAAGGAAUUGACCUUGACGUUGCGGAUUACAAAGAACAUGCCAUCGGAGAAGGAUCUAAUGUGAAGGCCGCAACGUACAUAGAAUGCACUACAGGUGGUAGCAAACAAAAAGCAGUGUGGGGAGUCGGUAUUCACGAAGAUGUUGUCCAAGCAUCUCUAAUGGCACUGCUGAAUGCAGCAAGCUCGAUAACUAACUGACCUGGUGGAGGUCUAGCAUCAAAUAGUUGAUACCAAGCGAAAUUCCCUUGGCUAACUAUAAAAAGUGGUCUUCUUCAGCUGGUUAGCUGGUUGACAUCGUUCAAAAAAAUAUGUUACGGAUAAUUAACCCCCCUGAAGGCAGGGGGAAGCAUGCCUGGUUAGGUAGAAAUUUACAUACUGCCACAUUGAGUGAGCAUUUACGAUUUUGAUGAACGAUCUUCUACAA